UAAGGAAAAAAAAAGACCACUAAUCCCAAAUUUCCCAUAAUCAAACCCCUUCAAUUUCUUCAAGGGAAUCUAUAAAAGAGACGCUCACCCAAUUCAGUCCUCAGAGCCCUGAGAAUCGGAGAAGAUGUCGACCCAACUGAUAGCGAACAACCGCGACAACGCCGAGGUCUACACUGGCGCCGCCCUCUGCAAGGAGAAGUCGGCGGAGCUGCUCUCCGAGAUCAACCUCCCCAAGGGCCUCCUCCCCCUGGCCGACCUGGUCGAGGUGGGUUACAACAGGGCCACCGGCUUCGUGUGGCUCAAGCAGAGCAAGCGGAAGGAGCACCGGUUCCGUGCGAUCGGCCGCACGGUGUCGUACGACACGGACGUCACCGCCUUUGUCGAGGACCGCCGGAUGAGGCGGCUCACCGGGGUCAAGAGCAAGGAGCUCCUCAUCUGGGUCUCCAUCUCCGACAUCUUCCUCGAGGAAAGGGACCAUAGCAAGAUCACAUUUGCCAACCCAACCGGGCUCUCGCGGUCCUUCCCCGCAUCCGCCUUCGAGGCCGAGUAGGCCGACGAGGAAAAUUGUAGGGAACUGUUGAAUUUAAUGUCGCUUUAGCCUUAGUUCUUGCAUUUUCUGUUGUUCUUUCGGUCAAAGGUCGUUUCUUGUCUUGUGGAUCAGUGGAAAUGAUUGCGGGCAAUUUCUACUGUUACUGGCAUGUUUGUUUAAUGCAAUUGUGGUUCGAUUUCAUGGC